AUGAACACGGCUGAUUCCAGCGUGAUCGCCGACCAAUCGGUCAUCUUGGCCAGAUCGUCGAUCAGCAUCUGCACCAUCGACAUGGGCGCAUCCAUGCCCGCCACCCCCAGACCGGUCGGGAUAUGCGUCAACACCCGUGCGAAGUUGCAGGCGUCGUCGGGCAAGUACGCGCCCCACAGCAUCACACGCGGCCGCAGAUCGACCGCGAACGCCCUUGAUCCAGCCGGCCACCGCGAACGCGUCGGUGCCGCCAAUUUUCACCGGCCCGCGAAUGCGGAUACCGCCCGGCGUCCAGCCGUCCCAGCCGGGCCCUUAUCCAUGGUCCCGCUCCCGCGCCGCGCGCAUCUGCGCCUGAACGGCGCGCGACGGCUCGCCAUCGACAUGAAAGCCGAUCGCGAUAUCGGUCGCGAAGUUACGCACCACGCGCCGCACGAAACUGGCAUCCGCCUGCCCCAGCCCGCCACGCGUCUCGAUCGCGGUGAUCGACGCGCAGACCGUCCGCGCAUGGCUCAGCGCGGCCUGCUCCGCGACGAUCGCCGCAUCCACGGCCGCGCCGAUAUCAUCCGCCACAGGCGCGACCAUUUGCUCAACCGUCAAAGCGGCCUCCUGAUGGACGUAUGA